UCAUUUCAGUUCGAGUGCUUGGAGACUUCACUUCGCGUUUGGAGGAUCAGAUCCACGUUGGUUUUUGGCUUCAAUUACCCACAACUGUCAUCGUCAGUCAGCUCAGCGACUUGCUAACUAAGCUAAAUAACAAAAAAUAAUCUUAAUAAAACCGCGCUCCCCUCCUCUCUCUCGGUCGUGUUUGUGCGCUCCGCGAUUAAAAUAAAGCAAGAAAAGAAAUUGAAAAGCACAAGGAAAACUAGCAGAGUUUUCCUCUCGCAGCUGAGAAAAACCGCAGGACGCAGCUCAGCAGCGUCGUCGUGUGCGUUGUGCCCAAGAAAGAAAAAAUCUUGAAAAAAAGAAAUCCUGUAAUUUCGCAGAAAAACCGUAAAGCGCCACAUUAAACGAGAUAAAAAAAACAACUGCUUCGUGCACCAUUUUGUGAUAUAUUAUUUGCCCUCCUCCUACUUCUUCUUCAACGAUCCCUGUGCAAUUCUCUGUAAAAAGAUAAAUUUAAAAUAAUUACUAGCAACCAAUUGAAUUUCUGCGAGACCAACAUAUAACACACACACAUAUAAAUUUCCAACAACUGUGAUCCGAACAAAGCUCUAAGUUUUUGUUUCAAGCCUGUGUAAUUUCCAGCCCGAAAAACGAAUUGGAAAAAAACUCGUACUCCGAAUUAUUUGCGGCAGUCACGAAGUAAGACACAAGCGCAGCCUAAUAAUUGGACGAACUGAUUAAACAACAGUUAAAACAAGCACCGCAAAAUAUAUAUAAAAAAAAAUAAAAACAACGGCGGAUCAACAGUUGCGAAUCGCAAGUUGCAAGUUGCUAGUAGUUGCACGUUGCCAAUUUGAAAUUGCACGCUUCCACGACUGAGAGCAGGAAGGAAAGGAGUUGCUGCCGCAGCAGGAAGCAGACGAAACUUCGCUGGGCGAAAGUAAAAGCAGCUAGGCAAAUCAAACAAAUCAAACAAAUAAAUAAACCAACCAACCGCACACACACACAAAGGCGCUCUAGCCAGCCAUGGAACGUGAAUCUAACCCAAUGCAACCCAUGUGCCGCUCCGGUUGCGGCUUCUAUGGUAAUCCAGCCACAGAUGGUCUCUGCUCCGUAUGCUAUAAGGACUCGCUUAGAAAAAAGCAACAGCCACCUGUGAGCAGCACACCUGUCUCCGUUCCAAGCCCACAACCUAGCCCCACAUACAGUCCGGCCAUCGCAAUCACCAACACCGCACAGCCCACAGUCACCAGUUUACAACAGCCACACAGCGAUGUCAAAGAGAAAAUCACCGAAGAAGCCGCCGCUGCUGCCAAAGUCAACAGCGAAGCCAUCACAUCGGCGACUGGUCCAAACACUUCCACACAAGCAGCCGCCUCUGCCAACGAGGAGGAUGACAAGGACAAGGAAGACGAUAAGGAUGCCAAAAAGAAGAAGAACCGAUGUGGCGAGUGCCGCAAGAAGGUUGGACUGACCGGUUUCCAGUGUCGCUGCGGCGGUCUGUACUGCGCCGUGCACCGUUAUUCUGAUAAACAUAACUGCACAUUCGAUUACAGAGAGCACGGUGCACAGGAAAUCCGACGCAACAAUCCGGUUGUCGUUGGCGAGAAGAUUCAAAAGAUUUGAAUUUCGAUAUUGUGCCAGUAACAGUAACAGUAGCCGUAGAAUGAUAAUAACCAACUACACAUAAUAAGAGUAUAUAUAUAUAUUAUAUGCUGCUGCGCUAUAACAACAAACAAAUCAACAACAAAACUGAGCAGAAAGCAUAAACACACACCACACACACACCAUACACCAAUUAUACACACACAAAAACACAGAAAGUAAUACUAUAAAGAUCGAUAUAAACUGUAAUUGUAAUGUAAUUAUAAUGUAAACAGCGAAAGAAAAGCGAAAGCAACAAUAGUACAGAGAAACGAUAACCAAAUACCCCGCAAAAAAUGCAGCAACAACAACAACAACUGGAACAACAAUUUCGAUGCUCAACAACAAGAAAAGCAACGUUAAGCUACGCCUAGCAACAACGUCCAGCAGCAACCUGUAGCAGCAGCAGCAGCAGCCGCCAACAAUACAACAUGCAACAUGCAACAGCAAGCAGCGUUCAGCAGUUAACACCUUUGAUAGUACAUCUUGAACCAGACGCGUAACAGCGUUAGUAGCAAGUGCAACAAUAACAAUCAUCGCAGCAGCAGCAGUAGCAGCAGCAACAGCAACAACAACAUGAACAACAACAACAAUCAGCACUGGUCGCCUGCUGAGCUGGGCCGGAAAAACCGUUUUGAAGAAAAACCAACACUAACGUUGAAAUAUUUUGUUAUUCCAAAUACAAUUUGCAAAUUGUUUGUAUUUAGCUAAAAACACAUACAUACACACACACACACACACAUGCCACAACAUUUACAACGACAAAAAAAGCACACAACAAACAACAACAAACCCUUGUUUCAUGUUAUAAUCAUACAACGCAACAACCUUUAAGUAAGACGAUGUGUGUCAUUUGUUUUUGUAAUUUGUUGGAGUGUAUUAAAUAAUAAUAAUAAAAAAAAAAAAAGAAAGAAAAUGUUAAGUAAAUUCAAAAUGCAAAUAAUAAGAGGAAAUUUUAAGAAACAAAUUUAACAAGCCCAAAAUUCACAACAACAACCACAACAAAAGCAAACCAAUCAACCAGCUCUUUCUCAAUUCUUAAUUAUCAGCUACUAAAUGAAAAGAAACAAAAAACAAAGUAUAUAUUAAUUAAUUAUGUAUAUGUAUUAAAAGAGAAAAAAAGCAAAGAAAAAAUAUGCAAAAUUAAGCGUAAAAAAACAAAGCCCUCACCACAAAAAAAAAAUGUAAAAAAAGAACCUGAAGAAAAGAAACCAAGAAUAACGCAGUUGUGUAGAAGCUCCUUAAGAAAGAAAAAGUUUGCUAAAAAUCGAAAUCUUAAAAAUCACGACCACGCCAGACAUGAGCGAUAGAGAGAGAGAGAGUAUAGCUGUAGAGAGAGAGAGAAGGAGAGCGAGCGCGUUUAGUGUAAAGCAACUUGGAGCCUAACAACUCCCUAUACAUAGAAAUCUAAAUAUAAUUAUAAUUAAUUAGUGAA